AUGGCAUCGAACAAAGCCGCCAUGGAUACCCAACUCACUCGAAGCGUCGAUAUCCUCCGAGUCCCCUCCCAUCUUCUCCGAGCAGCAUACCUCAUCGGCAAAAUCCCCUUUCGAUCCUGCAAGACCGAUCCCAGGGUCUCCUACACGCUCUACGUCCCAGAAAAGUAUAAGAAAGUCCAUGAGGCGCUUCAACGAAAAGACCUGGCCCAUAUACCUCCGCGCCUCCCGCUCGUCGUCAACGUCCACGGAACCCGUCGAGACGCAACAGGUUGUCGUGAUUCUCUAAUCACUUUUGCCGAUGCGCAUGGUGUGGCGAUUCUGGCUCCUCUCUUUCCCGCUGCGAUGGAUAACCCUCUCGACCUGGAUAGUUAUAAAUUCCUCCGAUCUCAGAGUUUGCGAUCCGAUGCCGUGAUGCUGGACAUUCUGAAUGAAGUGAGUCAUAUGUUUCCCGGCGUAGCUACGGACCCGAUAAUUCUGGUGGGAUUCUCUGGCGGAGCGCAGUUUGCCCAUCGAUUCAUGUAUCUCCAUCCCGAGAGGAUUGCUGCGGUGGCGAUCGCUGCUCCGGGGUCCGUGACGAAGUUGGAGAGUCGGGAGAAUUGGCCGGAAGGGAUUGGGAAUGUUGACGAGGUGUUUCCCGGGCAAGGGGUGGAUCUGGAAGGGAUCAGACGGAUUGGGGAUGUUCGUCUGUCUGUUGGAGCGGAAGAUCGGGGGCAAGAUGAAGAGCAGUUGGAGUUGCAGAGAUGGCUUGCAGAGCGGGCGAGUAGGGCUGAUUCGGGGAGUGCGAGGCGUCUCACCCAGCCGCAGAAUCGUCUGGAGAUUUUGAAAGAGCUUCAGGUCGAUUGGAUGGAGAAUGGAAUCGAAGCGGAGUUGAUUGCUGUUCCCGAUGUCGGACACAGCUAUCAGGACUUGAUUCCCAGUAUCGUGGACUGGCUGAAAGAAUGUCAGGCUGUCGUGGCCCCGAGUGCUUGA